AUCUAUUUUUAUAGUCCUUUUACCUUUUUAUUCUUUUCAUUCUUUUCAACUUUCCCUCGCUUUCUCAUUAUCCAAACAGCGUCGAUUUAUUUUCUCUUCGUCAAAUGGAGAUGACAACGGAGGAUUCGUGCUCGCAUCACGCUCUUCUUCUCUCCUUGUCUUGCGAUGCGCUCUCUGGUGUUGGAUGGAUUCGGUGGUUUGUCAAGAUACCUAUACCGAGUACACGACGAAUAUGUCGAGUUUCUAAGACUCUUAUCUGAUAUUUGAUUUACUAUUACUUUUGGUUUUUGUUUUUCUGUUUUAGGAAUUGAAAUUUUUAGAAUUUUUGGAAUUUGUAGUGAAAUAUGAAAAUAGGUGGUAGUCGUGGUUCACGAAUUCCUGUUUGGGUUGUCUGGGAAUUUCUUGUGAAAUCUAAGUUCUGUAGGGUUUCUUAUGGUUGUUGAUAGUUCAGGAAUUUAAAUUGUAUUGAGUUUGAAAUCCAGGGUUUCAAUGUUGCACGUGUGAAAUUCUUCUUUAGGGUUUACUCAAUUCCUGAAGCAUCUAUGCCUUGGAUCUUGGAAGAACUGGACAGAUUUCUUUUAUCUGGUUUGGGAGGGUACUGAAUAAGCAGAAGUCUGCCAGUAGAAAAAAAGAAGAAGAAGCUGAACAGACUUUCAAUUUGAGAUUAAACUUUUUGGCGGGAUAUUUUGUAUGGCAGUUAGGAAGGAAUUAGCGCUUCCUAGAACUACUGCUAGUAGCUUAAGGGAACAAUUGGCUAGAACCACACUUACAAAUUCAGAGCACAAGGAAAUGCAUAUGUGGAGCUUCGUGGAGAUGGGAAGCGGUUCAUACUCUUUUGCACUUUGUGUCUUGCUCCAUGUACAGUGAUUCAGUGUUGUUUAAUCAUUUGAGGGCUAAUCUUCACACUGAGGGGUUAUGUGCAGCUAAGGAUACUCUUUUGGGACCAAAUCCUUGGCCUUUGAAUGAUGGUGUUCUUUUCUUUGACAAUUCCUGUGAGAAAGAAAAACAAUUAGAACAUGAUAGGUUUUUGGAGUGUCACAACAAUGAUAACGAUCUAGCUAUUGUUGAAUAUACUGGAAAUUGCAAACUCAACGAACAUGGGUCUGAUGGGCUUGAGAUGGUUCAUGGGGAAAGUGGAAUCAGAAUCCAUGCUAAGAAUGGUGAUUGGGGGAACUGUGAUAAGGUGAUUCCAGGAGUGUUUCAUAGGAAUAAAAUUAUUGAUUUGAAAGUGAGGUUCAUUGGUGCCAGACAAAUUACUGCUAGAAUGUUUCAGAAGAGUAAGGAUUCCACUGAGAUCUCUGAAAUAUGGUGUGAAUGGUUGGGGAAAGAGAGACCUACUGAUGAGUAUGCAGACAAGAUUCAAGAUCAUGACUUUGCUGCUGUAACUUUUGCUUAUACUUAUGAUUUGGGUAGACAGGGACUGUUUGAUGAUGUGAAGCGAUUACUCUCUUCUAGUCAUGUAGAAGAAUCAGAGAGUAGUGAGACUAGUGCUAGGAAAAGAAAAAAAUCAUUUUCUGACCCAGAGGAUGUAAGUGAAUCUUUGAGCAUUCAAUCUAAUUCAUCUGGGGAGGUUGCUUCAGCCUCCGGUAGUGCCACUUCAAGUUUGCUUUUGGAUCAAUACGAUGGCCAGCUUCUAGACACAAGGUUUAUAUCUAGCAAGUCUAUAAGGCGAGAGCUGAGGCAACGACAGUGCAUAGCAGCUGAAAGAAUGUGUGAUAUCUGUCAGCAAAAAGAUACUUCUUGAUAAAGAUGUAGCAGCAUUGAUGAAUCCGAGGACUGGGAAACUUGUUUGCAGUAGUAGAAAUAAGAAUGGGGUAAGAAUAUCUAAGCAACAUGGUCCUGCUUCUCUAUUUAUAGCUAUGAUGCCUUAUUAAUUAUAGGUAGGAUUUAGCUAGUAAGGUUCUUUUUUUCAUUCUGCAAGAGGUUAUAUAAUGUAACAUGAGACUGUUUGUUUGGUUAACGUGCUAUUGCAUUUCACUUUGCAUACACUGGAUCCUUCUCUGUGAGUAUGAAAUAUUAAUGAACCAGUCAGUCUGGCCAAAAGGGAAGCAAAAGUCUAGAAGAAAGAAUGGAGUCAAGCGCAAUGUGGUGGGAAAGGGUGGAGAACUUAUAUCUACAAACCAAAUUUUUUCUGUGCUCUGCCCAGUGUGCCAGGGUAAUGGUGUGCACAAUGAAGGAGAUAAGCUUGAGGAAGUAACUAUUACUCUCUCUGAGAUGUUCAGAUAUAAGAUUAAAGUGAGUGAAGCACAUAGAGCUUGGAUGAAAAACCCUGAAGUGUUGCCGAACUGCUUAACAGGGUUUCAUUUCCCUCAAUCUGAAGAAAUGUUUCAGGAAAUGGUGUUGCCUCCAAAAUCGCUUCAUUUAUACCAUGCCAAUGAUCAGUAGUUCUGCACAAGUUUUCUGAGAUGAACCCUGUUAAUGACCUAUAGGUUUAGUAAUAGCAUGCAGAAUUUGGUGAAAACUCAUGUAAAACCUGUUUAAGUAACUCUCAUGUAUCUCCUGAAAUCCUUGAAUAGCAGUUGAGUAAGUGCGGGUGCAUUCUGGAGUUUAA